AUGGCUGAGAACAUCACCCACCACAUCGUCGCCAUUGAGGCUGUGCACUGCCCAAUCCCCGAAUUCGAUCUACCAGGGCCGCAUACUCGGGCAGUGCACCGAUGGACCGAUCCCGCUGAUCUGCACAGCCGCGUCAAAGAUGCCACAAUCAUCGUGACCACAACGACGCGCCUGUCAGCAGAGACCCUAAGCGCUGAAGUCACCCCAAACCUCCGCCUUAUAGCAAUCAUGGCGACUGGCAUAGACUGCGUCGAUAUAGCAGCUGCGUCCGCGCGAGGAAUCACCGUAUGCAACUGUCCCGGCUCUAAUAUUGACAGUGUCAGUGAACAUGCCAUUGGACUUUACUUUGCCACUCGACGGAAGUUCAUCGAGCUUCAUAAUGCCACUGUUGCAGUUCCUACGGACUUGUCACUUGAUACUGAGUGGAAGACAAAUGGCUCAUUGCUCAGUCGGGUUCGUGCGCCUGAUGGAAAAGCCCCGUUGCUAUGUAGUGAUGAGACCUUGUGUAUUGUUGGGUACGGAUCGCUAGGCAAGCGCAUCGAGGUCAUGGCAAAGGGCCUUGGGAUGAACGUGAUUAUUGCUGAGCGUAAGGGUGUAUCUCCUCGAGCGGGUCGAGUUCUGUUUGAAGAUGGCUUGAAAAAGGCGACCGUGGCUGUUUUGUGCUUGCCGCGAAGCGCUGAGACGCUGAACAUGAUCUCUACUGCGGAAUUCCAGAUCAUGUCUCCCCAUGCUGUGUUGGUCAAUGUCGCAAGAGGUGGAAUUGUCGACGAGCAAGCCCUGGUUGAAGCUCUCAAGGGAGGAGCAAUUUCAGGCGCGGCCACAGAUGUUUAUGCCACAGAACCUGCUGGCAGAGGCGAUUCUCCGUUGUUAAGCCCAGAGGCAGCGGGAUUGAAUUUGGUGUUGACACCUCACCUGGCCUGGUAUUCUGAAAGGACAUUGCAAAACCUACAGGCUGCGUUGAAGAACACAGUCGAGAAGUGGUGUGUUGGUGAGAUUAUCAAUCAGGUGCGAUAG